AUGCCCAACACUACUCUCCUCAAAGUUGCCGGAUACGGCUCCCUCGCUGUUGCCUUCUCCCAUGCGGCUGCUGCGAAACAAUUCAUGAACCUCCGCGCAUUCCAGGAACUGCCAAACAUUGCAUACACACGCAGUACUAUCGGAUGGUACCAAGGAAGCGGCUUCUUGAUUUUGACUGGCAUGUCUUGCCCUUUGGUAAAACAUCAUUAA